AUGAUCAAAUUAAGUGCUACAUCUCUUUAUUGGCAUUACAAAGCUUGGCAACGCGCAACGGCUGGAUAUCUUAGGGCAUUUGUUAAAAACAAUCUAGCUAAUAAUGAAAUGAUUGGUUAUGUAAUAAACGAUAAACAUCCCAAAAGUAUAAGAGUGGCUUGUGAUAGAUAUAUGUACGUUGUUCGGUAUAAAAAAACAUUUAGAUAUACAAAAAAAAUAUGGGUACAUGAUGAAAAAAGCGAAGCAAAAGUCGGAGAUGUUGUUCGCAUUCAACCCCUAGGAUAUAGAAUAGGACCAUGGAAAAAUUAUAUUCUUGUCAAAAUUUUAUAUAAAGAAAACAAAGAAUAG